CGGACAGCAGAGGAGCAGUGUCCGGCCAUGGCCGGGGCCCGCAGGCUGGAGCUGGGCGAGGCCCUGGCGCUGGGGUCGGGCUGGCGUCAUGCGUGCCAUGCUCUCCUCUACGCGCCGGACCCUGGCAUGCUCUUCGGCCGCAUCCCGCUGCGCUACGCCGUACUGAUGCAGAUGCGCUUCGAUGGACGCCUGGGCUUCCCCGGCGGAUUCGUGGACACGCAGGACAGCAGCCUAGAGGACGGGCUGAACCGCGAGCUGCGCGAGGAGCUCGGCGAGGCGGCGGCCGCUUUCCGCGUGGAGCGCACUGACUACCGCAGCUCCCACGCCGGGUCAGGGCCACGCGUUGUGGCCCACUUCUAUGCCAAGCGUCUGACGCUCGAGCAGCUGUUGGCUGUGGAGGCCGGCGCAACACGCGCCAAGGACCACGGGCUGGAGGUGCUGGGCCUGGUGCGAGUGCCCCUGUAUACCCUGCGGGAUGGUGUGGGAGGCCUGCCUACCUUCCUGGAGAAUUCCUUUAUUGGCUCUGCCCGGGAGCAGUUACUUGAAGCUCUCCAAGACUUGGGACUGCUGCAGUCUGGCUCUAUUUCAGGCCUUAAGAUUCCGGCUCAUCACUAGAGGCAGCCCUCCAUGGACCCAUGGAAACUGAGAUGAGGACCUUGGUACUAGGGAGGGAGGGAAGGAUGUGGGAAUGUUUUCUUAUUGGACCUGAGAGAUGACACAUGAUACCAGAUUAAAAGAAGGAGAAGUGUGUACCAUAUGUUUUGAGCAGAGGCCCCUCCAACUCAUGGCAUCAGGGGCAAAGAUUCACAGCUCAUCCCAGGCACCCUGGCAGGUUCUCAGAGC